UUUUGGUUAAUAUUUCUUGGGUAUCGGAGGAGUGGCUCCAUGACCAACCCUCAGAUUGCGGUGGUGCUCGCGGAGCUGCACGACAUGAUCAUGGGAAGCACUCUGGCCAAGUGUGCCGCCACCGACCUGGCGAUCCAGUGGGCAGGCUGGGCUCUGGCCGCAGCUUUCAAAACGGAGAAGUUUUAUGAUUUAGCAGGAUCUGGCACAUUUAUACUACUUGCACACCUGAGUUGUAUCUGGGGUGGGGCCAGCCAUACCCGUCAGAAGGUGCAGACCGGGUUGGUGACAGCAUGGGGACUGAGGCUCGGGACAUUCCUUUUCAUGCGGAUCUUGAAGGACGGUCACGAUCGCAGAUUCAACAAUGUUAGAGACAGCCCAGGGACUUUCUUUGUAUAUUGGACUGUUCAAGCCGCAUGGGUAUUUAUUACCCUCCUGCCCACCCUCAUGCUAAACAGUGAGAGGCGUAAUGUGCCUCUGGGGACGAGGGAUUGCAUUGGCUGGACAAUUUGGGGCCUUGGCUUUGCUACUGAGGCCAUUGCUGACCAGCAAAAGUGGAAUUUCAAGCGUGACCCAGAUAAUGUGGGGAAGUUCAUCCAGAGUGGACUGUGGUCUUACAGCAGACAUCCUAACUAUUUUGGAGAGAUCCUGCAGUGGUCAGGCCUCUGGCUCUCAGCCUCAUCAGUGAUGCAGGGUCCCCAGUACUUGAGUGUGGCAUCACCUCUGUUCGUCUGGUUCCUGCUACGUUACGUCAGCGGUAUCCCCAUCCUGGAGAAGCAGGCCAUGAAGAAGUGGGGAUCUGAUCCAGCCUUCCAGGACUACAUCAAGAACACUCCUCUUCUCUGGCCAUGGCCAAAAUUGUGAUAUUUCUCAUAAACUACAACACACAUUAAAACUGUAAAUGGGUU